ACACUUUUCAAGAGUGUCUGAGGCCGGCCUUCUGCCCUGGAGGACCUCCUGGGACAGCCGUUUCCUGCUGCUAAGCCAGCCCGCUUUCUCUCCUUCUCCAUCUGUUUCUUGCAUGCGACAAAAUGAAACAAGCAACAUGUCUCUGCAGUGCACCAAGUCAGCGGGACACUGGAAGAUCGUGGUGUGGGAUGAGGAGGGCUUCCAAGGCCGGCGGCAUGAGUUCACAGCUGAGUGCCCCAGUGUGCUGGAGCUUGGUUUUGAGACUGUGCGAUCUUUGAAAGUGCUGAGUGGAGCGUGGGUGGGUUUUGAGCACGCCGGUUUCCAAGGGCAGCAGUAUGUGCUGGAGCGGGGUGAGUACCCGUCCUGGGAUGCCUGGAGUGGCAACACGUCCUACCCCGCCGAGAGGCUCACCUCCUUCCGGCCCGUGGCCUGCGCUAACCACCGCGAGUCGAGGCUGACCAUCUUUGAGCAAGAGAACUUCCUGGGCAAGAAAGGAGAGCUGAGUGAUGACUACCCCUCCCUCCAGGCCAUGGGCUGGGAUGGCAAUGAAGUGGGCUCCUUCCAUGUCAACUCAGGGGCCUGGGUUGGCUCCCAGUUUCCUGGCUACCGAGGUUUUCAGUAUGUGCUGGAGUGUGAUCACCACUCAGGCGACUACAAGCAUUUCCGGGAGUGGGGCUCUCAUGCCCAGACCUUCCAGGUGCAGAGCAUCCGAAGGAUCCAGCAGUGAGCAGGGGGUCCAGCGCU